UGCCCGGGCGAUGCGUGCGCUGCUCGUGCUCACGUGGCUGGUGGUGGCGCUGGCCGAGCGGCCGCUGGUGCGGCUCGGGGACGGGGCGCUGCGUGGAGUCACCCUGAGCUCGUUCGAGGGACGCCAGUACGCCGCCUUCAAGGGCAUCCCGUAUGCCCGGCCGCCGGUGGGCGACCUGCGCCUCCGGCCGCCGCGCGCUCACCCCGGCUGGUCGGGGGUGCGCGACGCCGCCAGGCACGGCUCCACCUGCCUGCAGUACAACAUGCUGAAUAACAACAUCAUGGAGGGCCAGGAGGACUGCCUGUUCGUCAACGUGUACUCGCCCCGGCUGCCAGUCAGUGACGGCGAGCCCGGUCUGCCCGUCAUGGUGUGGAUCCAUGAAGGAGCCUUUAUCAGCGGCUCUGGCGACGCCGAUCUCCACGGCGUCGACUUCCUGAUGGACGAGGACGUCGUGGUCGUCACCUUGAACUACCGACUCGGUGUGUUCGGCUUCUUCACCACGGACGACGCGGCGGCGCCGGGCAACAUCGGCCUGCUGGACCAGGUGCUGGCGCUGCAGUGGGUGCGCAACAACGUCGCCCGCUUCGGCGGCGACCCGCAGCUGGUGACGGUGUUCGGCGAGUCGGCCGGCGGCGCCAGCGUCUCGCUGCAGGUCAUCAGCCCGCUGUCGGCCGGCCUCUUCAACCGGGCCAUCAGCCAGUCGGGCAGCGCCUCGGCCUUCUGGGCGCUGGGCGACCGUCAGCGGCCCCUGGCGCUUCACUUCGCUGCUGAGCUCGGCUGUCCGUCCGAAGACAGCUGGGCCGUGGUGGAGUGCGUGCGUCACGCACCGGCGGCCGACAUCAUGCGAGUGCUGGAGUCUCUGGGUCCCUACGGCGCACUGGUGGAGGGUGGGUGGAACCUGUUCCGCCCCCGCGUCGACCGUGAGUCGACGUCACCGUUCCUGCCAGACCAGCCGAACGUGCUGCUGCAGCGUGGCCAGUUCAGCCGCGUGCCCUGGAUGAUAGGCUGCAACCAGGACGAAGGCGUGGGGAUUGUCGGCAUCAUUUUCUCCGACCCAGACGUGCUGAAGCGAGCUCAGGCGGGAGACGCUGAGGCCUGGACGUCGGCGGUUCUCCCCCGCGGUGGUGUCAGAUCAGACAAGACUGACAAGCCGCGUGAUGUCGCCGAUAAGAUCCGGGAGUACUUCCACGGCCGCGGCGACACCGGGCUCAUGGAUUACUUCAGCGACCGCUUCUUCACCCUGGGCCUGUCGGCCGAGACCGUCCUGGCCUCGCAGUACGUGCCCGUCUACAAGUAUGUUCUCGAUCACGUGGGAGCCGGCCAGCUGCGGUUCGUUGACCUGCUCGGCAUCCCGCUACCGCCAACGCCUCUCGUGUCGCACGCUGACGAGCUGGCCUACCUGUUCCACGGCAAGCGGCAGCCGCUGCCGGAGCGUGGCUCGCCAGAGUACGCCAUGAUCCGGCUGCUGGUCAGCCUGUGGACGAGCUUCGCCCGGCGCGGCUACCCCGCCACGGACGUGCUGGACGCGCCCGCCUGGCCCAUCUUCACGGCGCAGACUCAGCGCCACCUGCGUCUGAACGCGGCGCCGUCGCUCGGGACCCGCGCCUUCGAGGAGCGCGUCCGUUUCUGGGGGAGCCUGCCGCUGGCCGAGUCCUGGAACGCGCACGAGCGAUCGUCCAGUCGGUCCCGUGACGAGCUCUGACCGCUACCGGGGUUUGGUUUUGAUUAAUUUGUGAGCGUGCGGCUACAUUUGGAGCUUCCCAACUACGUGGUCAACCGGACAUUAACGACCACCCGCCAAGAACAACAACAGCAACGAUGACGAUGACAACAGCAGUAACAUCAACAGCCACAACAGCAACGAGCUCAAGCCGUCAACUGGUGGUGUCUGACAGGUCAAUUCCGCCGAGUUCUUGGUUCAAGGUGGUGUUCCGUCGCGCAUCAGGUCAUAAAACGCUCAUCGUGAUCCCUCAGCCAAGAUUUACGUAAUGUACACGAAAUGCGCGAAAGACCAUUCUUAAGCUGUAGCCCUUGACUUUCAUCAAUUCUUGUUUUGUCUCAAAACUGCGAGAUGUCCUGAUAACCCGGUUUGUUAACAUCAGCGAUGCGUCAAUGUCAAAAAGUAUAACCGAACAACCUGCUUCAGGAGCAUCUCGACAACAGUACAGACAGUGACGACGCACGUGCGUGAGUGCGUGGGUGAGCGCGUGCAUGUGCGAUUGUGGAUGUGUCUGUGAAUGGAUCUGUCGAUUGUUCCGUUGGUAGAUCAGUGGGAUGUGCUUGCGUGACUGAAGACCGUGUGCCGCAUGCUCAGUCUGGCCGGACUGGGGUGACACCCCUCUUCCAGCAACGAUGCGAAGGGCGCGAUCUGCUCCGGCCCCGGUCCGCCGCGGCGCUAGCCCCUCCUCUCUGUGGGUGCCAGUCCCAAUGUGAGACAUAUAUGUGUGUAUGUGUGAGCUUGCCUGCUGGUGUGAUCACAGCCUGAUAGCGACGACGCCCAGAUGUACUGCGCUGACGCCUCCGCCACCAAUCCUGACAAGAAGCUUGCUUGGCCAAUGGGUGGUGAGGGUGGAGGCAUGCAAGUAACAUGACACCAGGGUAUGGCAGGGCUGUACUAUCGGCGCUGUAUAAUAUUACAGCC